CAACUGGGUCUGAAUUUAGAGAGAGAAACAGUGAAACACACUAUACCAUUUACUCUCUCCCCCCCAUCUCUCUUCUCUCUCUUCCCAUCUCUAUCCACCAAACGCUCCUGAAACCCCACAUAGGGUUUUCGUACUCCACAUUGCCCCCCCAAACUCUCAUCUUCUAGAUCACUGAAUCUAAAGCUGUGUUUUUGAGGAUCUUGAUGGUGCAUGUGAAGAAAUGAAGUUUUUGAAAGGAGUUAAUGGAUGACACAAGAUGUGGAUUUUGUAUGAUAAAACAAAGCUCUACGGUGCAUGUGGUGUCAUUCAUAUCAAUUGCCUGACAUGUAUGGUUCCUAAGAAACGGAAUAAUUUAGUUUGAUAGGCUGUCUUCGACUUUCUUAAUAAUUGUAUCUGUAAGAUACACCACAUAAACCUUGAGUUGAUGGGUUCCUUUUCUGGUACUUGUGAAAUCGUUGAAGCUAAGGACGAGUUGAACUGGGUUGAAUAUUCUAAAAGUAUUAAUCAAACAGUAGCACAUGAUAAACGUCAAAAACAUCCUUUUCUGAAGCUGGGAUCUGAUAAUUCUCUACACGAUGAUAUCAAUAAGCUUUUUGAGGCAAUUAGUCUCAAACCAUCAUCAAAGAGUUUGCAUAUUUCAGAACAGGCAACCACAGUGCCCUCAAGGAAAGAUACAUUGAAGAAACCAGUUGGUGUGGGUGUACCUCGUUCACCAGGAAUUGGGUUCUCGGAACCAGUGUCUCUGAAACAGGCACUAAGGAGGCAAUGUAUUUCUCAGGCAUCUGAAAUGGCUGCCAUGAAAAGGUUAGCCAAAACAGCAGGUUCUCCUAGGGUCUCAGAAGUUGGUAAAAAUGUAAAUUUGUACAGGUCCUCAGGAGUUGAAGCUGGUGAGUCCAGUGGUUCCCCAAGCGGCAGUAAUGGGGGAGGUCUUGAAAUAUCUCUGGUACCAGGAGAACGCUAUUGGAACCACUCUGAAAAAUUACCUCAGUAUCGUUGGGAGUCAAAGAUGAAAUCAUCUGUCCAGAGUGCCCAUUCUUCUCCUCCACUGGAUUUGGCACUAGCAAAUACAGGAGUAGCAUCUGUGGAAAUAGAAAUCUGGAGUGAGACAUCAGAGUCUGAAACGGAAAAGCCAGAAAAUCACGCAGUAGUUCCUUCUUUACCAGAACCCAAGAUGAGAACACCAAACCGAAGUGAUCAUUCUUCACCUCAAUUCCCCUUGGAAACCAAAGAAAAGGGUAAGAGGUCCACGCUGAUGGAAAAUGAGACACCUGUGUCAACAGAAGUUCAGAAUCAAACACCAGAGCUGGAGCUGUUCUCCGAGGAAAAGCAUGCAGUUGUUUCUUCUCUGUCUUGUCAGAUAAUUCAUGGUGAAAUACAGACCGGUAGUAUUCCUGCCUCAGUCAAAUUAGGGAACAAAGUGGCAGCACAGAAGUCAAGACAAAAAGGCAGGGUGCAGACGCUACUAUCCUCAUCUACUGCAUUCAAGCGAAAUAAGGGAAGCAAGCCUACACGAAAGGUUCCACAUCCGGUCAAGCCAGUCCGCAAGUACAAGCCGAUUGUUAAGAAGAACUUAAACCGGAAUUCCCCUACUGUUGGCUCCACUUCUAAUACAAGCAAAGAUAUUACUAGUAGCUUGGAUCUUAGCACUGGGUCUAUACUUUGCGAAAGAUGCCGCUGUUCUUUUACCAAUGUGGGAAACGAGACCAAUAGAGAUUCACCAUCAUCCAACACUGCAAUUGUAUGUGCUGAGGUCAGCUCAAGUAAAAUGAACUCCAGUGCAGUUAAAGUGGGUUUUACUUCUAGUAAGAGUAACGAAAGCGGAUCUGUGGUUGAAAAACCCGUCAAGAACUUGAACCCUAAGGAAAAGGGGGAAAUCUCUCAGAGUUCAAAAAGUAGCUUUGGUGAGUAUAGCACAAGCACUACUAUCAGUGAAGAGAGUAACCUUAGCGGGUCUAAUUGUGGCAACAGGCCUCACAUGUCAAAGGACAUGAGGUGGCAAGCCAUCCGCCAUGUCAGCAAACAACAUGGAUUUCUAGGUUUAGGACAUUUCAGUCUGUUGAAGAAGCUUGGUUCUGGAGAUAUUGGCACGGUGUAUCUUGCUGAGCUGAUAGGAACAAACUGCCUUUUUGCCAUUAAGGUCAUGGACAAUGAAUUUUUGGCUAGAAGAAAAAAGUUGCCAAGGGCCCAAACUGAAAGAGAAAUACUGAGAAUUCUUGAUCAUCCUUUUCUGCCCACGCUAUAUGCGCAGUUUACAUCAGAUAAUUUGUCAUGCCUAGUUAUGGAGUAUUGUCCUGGUGGAGAUCUGCAUGUUCUUCGGCAGAAGCAGCCUGAAAGAUAUUUUCCUGAGCAAGCAGCAAGGUUUUACGUGGCUGAAGUCCUCCUUGCUUUGGAGUAUUUGCAUAUGCUUGGAGUUAUCUACCGAGAUUUGAAGCCAGAAAACAUUCUGGUCCGAGAAGAUGGUCACAUCAUGCUUACAGAUUUUGACCUGUCACUCAGAUGCUCUGUAAGCCCAACUCUCCUGAAAUCGUCUUCGUCGGCUAUGGAGCCCCCGAAGAUUUCAGGUCCAUGUACAGGGUCCAGCUGCACUGAUCCAUUUUGUAUUGAGCCGUCCUGUCAAGUUGCAUGCUUCAGACCCAGGUUUUUGCCUUCUGCUGCAAAAGCAAAGAAACAAAAAGCUGACCUGGCGGCAGCCCUAGUCAGAUCACUGCCACAGCUUGUAGUUGAGCCAACGGAUGCCCGGUCCAACUCCUUUGUUGGGACCCACGAGUACUUGGCUCCUGAAAUCAUUAAAGGAGAGGGCCAUGGGAGUGCCGUUGAUUGGUGGACAUUCGGUAUCUUUCUAUAUGAGCUUUUAUAUGGGAGGACACCUUUUAAAGGUGCUUCUGGGAAUGAAGAAACGUUAACCAAUGUGGUUUUACAGUGCCUUAAGUUUCCAGAAAGCCCACUUGUUAGUUUCCAUGCGAGGGAUCUCAUCCAAAGGCUGUUAGUCAAGGAGCCUGAGAAUCGUUUGGGAUUUGAGAGAGGGGCUGCUGAGAUCAAGCGGCACCCCUUCUUUGAUGGCUUGAAUUGGGCUCUGAUACGGUGUGCGGUUCCUCCUGAAUUGCCUGAGUUCUGUGAUCUUGAAACUGUAAAAGGGAGAAAAUAUUUGGAGUAUGGGGCUGCAGGAGAGCAUCUGGAAUUUGAGUUGUUCUAAGAAAAAAUGUUUUUAGUCAAGGUAUUUUACCUUCCUCUCCCUCCCUUCUUGUAGCUGGUAUAUUGGUUAUAAAUUUAUAAUGCAAGUCCGGUAUGGAAAUGUUAUGGAAAAGCCAGGGUAUCAGAAAAUACAUCGGUCGCUCAAGACCUUUAUAAAAUGUCUUGAAGAUUGAUGCAAUCAUGAGAGAUGGCUGUUUCAUCAUGGGAUUGGAAUUUACAAUUAUUUAGUAUUUUAGUGUUGAGCUUAACUUAUAGUAACUGCUAAAGAGCUAGAUUCUCUAAAAUGGAUGGCACUAUUCCCAUUAUCGCAGGGGCACAAGUUGUAGAAUGGCUAUUCCUCAUUGAAUUUCAAAUUUUAGUGUAACAGUUGAGUUAUCAUGUAUUAACACUAUCUGGUCCUUUCUUGUUA